AUGUCGUCCCUCAAGAGAAGCCCUCCAUUCCGCGCCGAGCACGUUGGCUCAUUGCUCCGUCCCCAGGAGCUUGUGCAGAAGCGUUACGAUGUCGCAUCAGGCAAAGCUAAGCCAGAGGAGCUCGUGCCUCUAGAGGACAAGUCUGUCGCAGAGGUUGUGAAGUUCCAGCAAGAUUGCGGUCUCAAGGUUGUGUCAAGUGGAGAGUACACAAGGCACAUGUUCUGGGGCACCUUCUUCGAAACACUACAUGGCAUGAAGGAACUCCAGCUUGGCGUUUUGAAGGGCUACAGCGUGGAUAUGUUCCGCGCCUAUGCGCCCGAUACCAAGUCUUUCAUGGAAGCGAAGCAGGUACCUAAUCAUGUCACCGUCUGCGUUGAUAAGAUCAAGCACCCCGGCACGUCGAGCAACCAGCGUGAAGUCGACCUUAUGAAGAGCCUUCUGCCCGAGAGCGAGUGGAAGAACAUCAAGAUCACAUUGAUCUCGCCAUCGUGGUACCACUUCCGUUACAUGAACGGAAGAGCCUACCCCAAGGAAGUGUACGCAAAUGACGAGGAGUAUUUCGAGGAUGUCGCGAAGGCAUACCAGGAGGAGCUGAAGAUCCUCCACUCGCAAGGCAUCAGGAACAUCCAGAUUGACGACCCUAACCUCGCCUACUUCUGCUCAGAAGAUAUGCUCGCGGGCUGGAAGGCCGAUACAACGAACGACAAGACUGCUGACGAGAUGUUUGAUGCCUACGUUAAAUUCUACAACAAGUGUUUCGUACGUCCCGCAGACAUGCAUCUCGGCAUCCAUUUGUGCCGCGGCAACUACGUCGGCAGCCGACAUUUCUCGGAGGGCGCAUACGACAACAUCGCAAAGAAGCUAUUCCAAGACUUGAACGUCGACACAUACUACCUAGAAUACGACACACCACGUGCCGGUGGUUUCGAGCCGCUAGCACACCUCCCCAAAGACAAGAAUGUUGUCCUUGGUGUCAUCACAUCGAAGUUCCCUAAGCUUGAGGACAAAGACGAGAUGAUCGCCAGGGUGAACCAGGCCGCUGAUUGGAUCGCAAAGGGUACCGGCCAAUCUCGCGAAGACGCCAUCCAGCAGUGCUGUGUCAGCCCGCAAUGUGGUUUCGCAUCACAUGCUGAAGGUAACAGUCUUGGCUACGAGGAUAUGAGAAAGAAGCUGCAACUUGUGAGGAGCAUCGCCGAUGCCGUAUGGCCUGGACAGCCAUAG